UAUAUUGCCAACUAAUAUGAAAAAAAUUAUUUACAUAGGACGCCAUUCCUAGCAGCUUAUUAUUUGACAUUUAUCGAUUUGUUUUCGCAGUGUGCAGGUAGGUCAAUGACGUGCGUGGUCAUAAAUUGAGUGUUUAUUUCAAAAAAUAAGGACAGAAUGGCGGGGAAAAAGUGGUCUUACAAAGAAUUGGAAAAUAUGACCUAUGAAGAGUACAGGAAUAUAUUUUUUGAGGACAUACCUUCAGGAAAUGAAUCGGAGGAUGAUCAAAAUUGGUCAGAUGAAGACUUCGUGGAUGUGGAUGUGCACAACGCCACUAAUACAAAUAAUGAUGUUGGUAUUCACCCUGAGAGGGUCUCUGAUAGUGAUAGUUCUUAUAGCGACGAUGACCUCAUACCCCUUGCAGAUUUGCAGAAAAAACUCAGUUUAGAUAAAUUUGUUUGGGAAAAAGUUUCAACAAACUACACGGCACCCCAAGAAUUUACCAAGGAUUCUGGACCUUGCAAUAUAUCAGAUGACAUGGAGCGCCCUGUUGAGGUAUUUUUGUGUCCUUUUCCGGAUAGUUUGUUUUACCACAUCGUCUUCCAAACCAACCUGUAUGCAACACAAGCAAGCGCCCGUUCCGGAAAACUUUUCACACCCACGAAUACAAUGGAAAUGAAGAAAUUUGUUGCGAUAAAUAUACUCAUGGGAAUAAAGCGUCUACCCUCUUAUCGGGACUUCUGGUCGACGCAGAUUGAGCUUCGGGAUAAAUAUAUUUCAAGUCUUAUACCCAGAACAAGAUUUGAUUGGUUGUUAGGAAACGUUCAUUUGAAUGAUAACGUAAUGCAGCCCAAACGCGGAGAGCCCCUAUACGAUAAGUUAUACAAAGUCCGUCCUAUUCUACAGAUUCUAUCAGAAAAUUAUGCGAAAUAUUAUAAACCAACCAAAAACGUUUCCCUGCGCCAGCAUAUGCCGAAUAAACCGAUCAAGCGUGGGUAUAAAUUGUGGGUUAGAGCAUCGGAGAGUGGAUAUGUGAAUCAUUUUCAAAUUUAUACGGGAAAAAUUGGAGAAAAAAAUUGGGUGCCAGGGUGGUAA